CAAGAGAAGAUUGACUUUGAAAUCCGCAUGCAGGAAGGCAUCUGUAAACUCCUUGCAGUGAGCACACAAAAAGACCAACGCUUGAAAGCGGUUAAGAACCUGAUGGUUUGCAAUGCUCAUAUAUGUGCAUACAGGACAGAGCUACAGAGCCAGAAAGAAGAGCUGCAAAGUAAUAAAUGGAACAGUAAAUACGAAGCAAAAUCACAGGUGGCAUGCAAAGCAAAGGUUGCUAUAUCAGAUAUUCGAAUACCAUUAAUGUGGAAACACUCUGAUCACUUCAGCAAUAAAGAAAAAUCACAGCGCUAUGCAGUUUUUUGUUUGUUCAGAAUGGGAGCUCAAGUUUUUAGUACAGAGGUGGCUAUUGUGGAUAAAGCAGUAACUGAUAUCUGUUUUGAAAACGUCACUAUAUUGUGA